AGCGACCGUCCGUCCGUCCGUCCGCCUGCUGCCCGCACCACCAUCCAGCCAGCAAUGCGGUUGCGGCGGCGCUAUGCGGAGCUCCUCCGCCGCGCGUCCUCCCUGCCGUCGCUGCCCCUCGUGGCCUCCCUCCACGCUGCCGUGCUCCGCCGCGGUGUCCCCGCCCUCCUCGCGGCGUCCCUCAUCCACGGGUACUCCGCCUGCGGGGACCUCACCUCCGCGCGCGCCGUGUUCGACGGAACGCCCCGGCCGGAGCGCACGCUCUCGGCCCGCACCGCGCUGGCCGGCGCGCUCUCGGCGCACGGGCGGUGCGCGGAGGCGCUGGGCCUCUUCUCCGGGCUGGAGGCGGAGAUGGACGACAGGGCUGUGACGGUGCUCCUGGCGGCGUGCGCGCGGGCCGGGAUGGUGAGCGAGGGGAGGAGGGUGUUCGCGAGGGUGCCCUGCCCCGCGCUGCAGCACUACACGUGCAUGGUGGAGAUGCUGGGGCGGGCCGGGGAGGUUGAGGAGGCCGAGCGGCUGGUGGCGGGGAUGGAGGCGCGCCCGGACAGGGUCAUCUUCGCGGCGCUGCUUGCCGCUUGCCGCGUGCACGGCCGCGUCGACGUCGCCGAGCGGGUGCCUGGGCUCAUGCGCAGGUACAGUAUCGCAUGAAAACUCGCAGUAUGGUUGAUACAUCAGCAGUUCAGCAUGCGUCCAGGGAUCGAUCUGAUUUUUCAAUGUACUGGCGUGAUGAUUCCUGGUUGAAGAAGCUGAUAUGGGAUAUAUGACAAUGUGUUAGUGUCACUUGGUAACCUGUAUUCAAUCAUUCAAGCAGAAAGAGUCCCUGGCUGCUGAAAUCAGAAAAUUGUUGACGACUGUGACAAUGACUCUUAUUGGUGGCAAUAUCAUUUACCUCAGUCUUCAAGCAUUGAUCAACCAUAUGCCACUAUGCUCUCACAUCACAUUAGCUUGGCAAUCAGCAGUGCAGCUUAGAAAGCAGAUCACUGAUUAUACCAUGUAACUUCUGGAACAUGGGUAAUUGGUUGAAGAGUUGAACUUUCAGUCAAAUUUUUUUGCAAGAAGGAUCAGAUGAAAAACUCUAUGGAACCAACAAGUUGAGUUGCUAUCACGUCUGAGAACUUGUGGUGACUGGUGAGGCCUGUUAGACAUUAAGGUCUAGAAGCUGCUGAGUUUCCAACAAUUUUUAUGCUGGAAAUGGAAUGGUCUCUUGUGCAUGUACGGCCACAACUUGGAGACAUGCCUCGAGUAAGAAUCUCAACAUCCAAAUUUAUUCGGUACCAUACUUUCUGAGUUAACAUGAAGAAUGCAAUCUGAUUGGAGCUUUUAAGGUAUGGCUGUGACAGAAUCCAAAGUUGGCCCUAGGAAAUUUCUAAGAUUCUCAUACUGUUUGCUGACUUAAGACAACUCAACUGGACGCUGCAAACCUUAACCACAUUAGCAGGGGAGACAGAUACUGCACAUUGCUUGGAGUAGCAACCUUACCAGUCGAAAGGGCCUGUUACAAAUGUUCAUGUUGAGUUGACAUGAAGCCCGGCACAUGAUUGGAGCCCUUCAGAUCCUUGAUAUAACUCACAUAUGGCUGUAAUAGACUUCUAGAAAGUUGGGCCAGGGUAUCUCAGAGAUUCCAGUAUUGAUCCUUCAGACCGAGGACAAAUCAGCUGUGGCCUGGAACAAACUAGCAGGGGAGACAGAAGAAACGGAUAAACGCAUCAGCAUCAGCAUCAGCAUCUUAAUCCAUCCUUACAUCCAAGGCAACUCAUGAAGCAGGAAUUUCAAAAUUUUCCAUGUGCAAUGGGCUAUAAAACCCGACAAUUUCGUGGCUGGCGGAGCGCCUUUUCCUGUGCCGGACAUUUGUAUGCUGAUCGGUGAUAGGGAGAGGCACCCCAACAGUGAAAAGCCAGCUGAAACCUGAAGGCUGAAUCCGACGACGAACUGAGCACCGUGCACUGGUAUGCUGUGCAGGUACAGGUUCCGCGAAGGUACCUGAUCCAGAAACCCGUGUCGCGGCGGCGUUUGCUCGACGGCCGUCUGCCAAGAAGAGCACAGCACCCGUUGCUUUCGGUCUCUCACAAGUGCAGGAGUGCCAAGUGUGCAAGGCUCCAACUGAGCUGCCGUGCACAACUCGAAUUAGCGUUGCUUUCAGUCCUUGUGUUUUUGCUAAUCUGCUUAGGCAUGUCCCAGAUGUGUGCACUCCUGUCCUUUCUUUUCCUGCUGGGGCUAAGAUGAGUCGUGUGUUUUUCUUGUCACUCCGACUAGUUACUGUGGAGAACCUUGCAUGCAAAGUUCUGCUGUUGUUUUGGUGUAGAAGUCUGGGGAGAGACUCAAGAUUGAACCAGUGUGAGCCUUCAAAUAAGCCUUGUUUUGUGCGUA